AUGGUGGGGCCCGGGGGGAGUCCCGGGAGGCGCUUGAGGAAGUGCCCGGAGUGCCCAUGGGGUGCCCGGGGGGGCGGGGGUGCAUAUGGGGCACCUAUGUUGCCCGGUCUGAGGCCUGUGCCGCGGCAGCAGGCGGGCACGGCGGGCACGGCGGGCAGCGGGCGCGUGCAGGAGCUGCAGCGCGAGGUGGAGGGCGUCAAGAGCAUCAUGAGCCAGAACGUGGAGAGGAUCCUGGCACGGGGAGAGAACCUGGAGCAGCUCCACAGCAAGAGCCAGGACCUGCAGGCCACGUCGGAGCACUUCAAGACGACGUCGCAGAAGGUCUCUCGCCGCUACUGGUGGCGCAAUGUGAAGCUGCUGGUGGCGCUGGGGCUGGCCGGAGCCAUCCUCCUCAUCAUCAUCAUCCUCCUGGCCACCGGUGCCAUCCCCACCUAG